AUGCUGCUGUGUCCAAGUGGUGUUAUGUAACCAAGCCGCUGCUUCACAUCCUUAUGAGGAGCUCCGUCUGGGUCUUGAGGACAUGCGCUUAACAAAGUCACUUUAAAGUCCAAACAGAAGCGGACUUGUUACUUUUGUGUGCUGUUUUAACUUUAACCACGACUCUCGAGGUGACUUGAAGAUGACUUGUGAAGACGUUUAACUUUGAGAUGGGCAGCGGAACGAGCCGCGGAACUAAAGUGGCACCUGCGGGGCUCGGCGAGGGCAAUCCUGCUAAGAAAACUUCUUCUUCAGGCGCUCCGUCCAAAAAAGACGCCUUCGACGCUUUGAAGGUCCACGCACGCCGCCGAUCACCGAUGGACUGCCACAGCGCUGGCCACGAUUCGCAGCUCUCUGGGGACGACGACGACGCGGACGCCGAGCUGGACAGCUACGGCGAGACGGAGGAGGCGGUUCGCCGGAGGGGGAAGAAGAACCAGGCGGCAUCCAAGAAGGCGUUCACGAGAUCCAGGACAUACGGAUUGUGUCACUUCAGUAGCGGGGAUGAAGAGGAGCAGCAGCAGGGGGCGUCUUCUGCCUCUUCUUCCUCCUCCGGCCUCGGUGGGGCACAGGGGCCACAAGGCUCCCGGGGAGCAGGCAACAACCAGAGGGCACAUGAUGCCUUCGCACCUCCGCCUCAUUGUUCUCCUCAAGCCUUCUUGAGCACAGGACCAAGAGAAGAUGUUGUUCCCUUAUCCCAAACACAGACCACUUUUGGCCAUAACCCACCUCACCUCGCCACACCGGUCAUUCUUUAUGACGGCUCAGAGGAAGAAUUGAUGGAUAUCAUUGAGAGGGAAUUUAGUUGACCCCUCGUUUCUACAUAACUCUAAGUUCAUUAUGUUUGUUUGCACAGAAACGUGUCGCCAAUUCGUAUUGUACUGGCUCUCCUUGUUUUUGUGUGCUUUUGGAAUCUGGAGCGCGAAUGUUUAACCUUUGUGUUGGGAAUAAAAAGAUGGUAUGUAUUUUUUUUUUAGGCUAAGCAGCACCAAAGGAAGGCGUAUGUUUAUUUAAGGUUUCCUUCCUGACCACAGCUAAAGCAGAACUUCUCCACCCUUUCAAGAAAGGAAUGUGUGCCAAAAUGUCUCAUUAUUGGAGUCAAUUGCAUCUGUUUUAAUCAUGGAGCUCUGCUACCAUCUAGUGGAAACAAGCUUAAAAUUAACCAAAGAGUAGUUAACGACCGGUGAGUUUUCACCAGAACGAGACUGUCGACCAUUUUGUCACGUGCUAUUUAAUCGCCACAAUGAGAGCAGGUGAACGGCGCAGUAACAUUUUCACAUUUGUACAAUAAAAAUAUAAUUCUCAACAUGUAUUUAAAACAUAAGACAUAUUUGUUUCAGCGUUAAGAAUAAAGCACAGUACCGUGUGAGGAAAGAAAUUACAAAUAAACUGCAUUAUAGUUGGCAUUCACAGAA